AUGAGCUGUGAGGUGCACUACGAUGCCGCUACGCGGACUUGGUCUGGUCCACGGGGCAAGGAGUUCUACGGCCCGGAGAUGACUCUGGGCGAGGUGAUCAUGCGCGUGCUACAGAUCAACGCCGAUCGGGUGUUGCAGCACUGCGAUCCCACGGGGCAAGAGCUCACCGGUGGGCAGUUGGCUCAGCAGAGUGCCCGCAUUGCCCAGGCCUUCAAGAAAUUCGGUUUGCGGAAAGGCGAUGUCAUUGGGAUCUCGGCAAAUAACUCCACCUACCUGACCAGCGUGGUCGUUGCGGCUUUGCUACGUGGCAUGCCCAUCAACCCACUGCAUCCGGAGUUUAGUGAAGAGACUGUCAAGUACAUGUAUGAUAUUACCGAGCCCAAAGUAAUCUUUUGCGAUGUUGAGAACUACCAUGUAAUUAGAUCAGUUAACGAGAGAUUGUUAAAGCCCGCCAAGAUAUAUUUGGUUAAUGGAAAAAUAGAAGGAGUGCUAGAUCUUAGCCUGCUCCUUAAUGAUGAUGAGUGUAUAACAGCUGCCGCAUAUGUUCCCUGCCCGAAAUUGCAUGGCGAUCACACGGCGUUUAUUGUAUGCUCUUCGGGAACCACGGGAAUGCCAAAGGGCGUGACACGAUCCCAUCGCAGCUUACUUUGUAAUUGCAAGAACCCGAACACCUACACCAGAGAUAGCGUGCUGCUAUCGUUCAGUCCCCUUUAUUGGAUAUCGGGAACGAUAAUUCUACUAGCCUCACUCCUCAAUGGCUGUCGUCGGAUCAUCACCAAUCGGCCAUAUAGCGUGGAGUACCUCCUCCAGCUGGUGGCGAAGCACAAGGUGACCUUCCUGUUCCUGGCCUCCCAUCAGAUUACUCUGCUUUCCAAAUAUGACAUUGAUUUGAUGGAACUGAAGGACAAACUUCAAUCGGUACGAGCUCUAAUUGGGGCUGGGUCCAAGGUGUGUAAGGCGGUAACUAGCAGAAUGUACGAGCUGAUUGGAAGCCAGAGGUUCAUUGUUGGUUACGGACUGUCCGAGAUGGGAGGUCUGAGCAAAAAUGUGGGAGGGCCAGCAGGCUGCGAGGGCAAGGUCAUGCGAAAUAUGGAGCUGCGUGUUCUGGACAAACUGAAAAUGCCACUGGGCCUCAAUGAGGUGGGCAUCAUCUACGCCCGAUUGCGCUAUAAGUGGGAGGGCUACUAUCGAAAUCCAGAAGCCACUAGGAAGGCAAUCAGCUCAGAUGGAAUGUGGUUCCGCACCGGAGACAUUGGGUAUCUGGACAGUGAGGGCAACCUUUACAUACAGACAAGGGACACCGAUGUGUUCAAGUUCAACAACUUCCAGAUCUAUCCCGAGCAGAUCGAGGAGUUCAUCCUCAGUUUGCCCGGUGUGAGUGAGGCUUGUGUCUUUGGAAUUCCCGACGAAGUCUCUACCAAUCUUACUGCUUGCGGUGUGGUCCGCUCUUCAGGUCCGGAAGGUGAGCAUCUCACGGCAGAUCAAAUCCGGAAUACGGUAGAAAGGCAUUUAAGCGGAGCCUACCAAAUUCGAGGUGGUGUAUUUUUCAUCGAUAGUCUCCCAAAAACCGCCAAUGAUAAACUCCAGAGGCGAAAGGUCUUGGGUCUUGUGAAGCAACUCCAAGUUAAAGCUCAAUAAAAAUUGUUUUUCCAGUUUGA